CGCGCGUCACAAGAAAAGAGAACGUGCGUUUGUGUUAAUUUUAAAGUGCGAAAAAUACAACACAUUGUACAAAACGGAAGCAAAACGUGUGUUCUGAGCUUUCUUCAUCGAUGGAAUGUGUCUGAAUAUUAGAUCGUUAACGAGAAUCGAUUCCUAUGCACAUUGGCAUUGGACUUAGAUUUGGUGUCUUAUUUUUCCUUUGUGCCCCUUGCGUGGGGUGCGCGCUUUGAUUGAUUCUAAUUGAUUUUAUCGCCAGCGAAAGUUAGUUGAAAAUUUGACACUCUGGUCUGGUUUGGUGUAUCGAUCAACCGAUUGGCAUGGGUUCGAAGGCGAGCAUCAUCACGAACGAGCAGCUGUCGGAGUACGCGGAGCUAACGUAUCUUACCAAGUCCGAGAUCAUUUUUAUCCUGCAAAAGUUCCUGCUGCUCGACGAUGGACGCAACUUUUCACUCACCAAACGGUUCCCCGAGCAGGAGGUGGUGAAUUUGUUCCCUCAGUUAAAGCAUAAUCCCUUCCGCGAUCGUUUGCUGCACGUGUUUUCGUCGGAAAAUGAUGACAGGUUUUCCUUCGAAGACAUGCUCGAUCUGUUUAGCGUGCUGUCGGAAAAGUGUCCACUCGCGGUGAAGGCGUCCUGGGCAUUUCAAAUAUACGACUUUGAUGAUGACAAUCUGAUCACAAAGGAAGACAUCCUGGAGCUUUGCGAUCGGAUCACGCAGCAGGAUCGGUUGGAGCAGGAGGAAAAGAUGAAUAUCGCUGAUUUGCUACUUAAAGAGAUAGAUCUGCAAAACAAUGGUAACAUUGGCGAGUUUGAGUUCGUUCACGUCAUGAGCAAGAUGCCAGAAUUCCGCCAGACUUUCUUAUGUCGCGUUUGAGGCUUGUACACACUUUUGAACGACAAUAAACUACGCCAUCGACUUUACAUUGGAUGAAAAUUCUGAAAA